AUUAUUAUUAUUAUUAUUAUUAUAGUUAAUUGUAUUAAUUAUUAUUUAAUUAAUACAAUUAAUUGUUUACUACCAAUGUGAAAUGGUUAGCUAUAUUUAUUGGCCGUUUAUAUAUGAAAGCAUGUGUUGUUAGCAUUUGUACACUAAUAUAACUAAUUAUCGUGAAUAUAUAGACUUGUAAUUGAAUUACAAGCAUAUUAUUUGUAAACACAAGUGAUUUGAAUUGAAAUGAAGUGAUAAAAUGGGCGCAGAUUUGAGUGCAAACCAUAACCACAAUCACAAUCGAAAUACAUGUCCGGAUGAGGAGAUGGGGAGACUUGAAGUUGAGCUCAAUUUAGUAUUCAAUAAUUCAUUACAUUGUGUCGAAUGGUUGACAGGAAAUACAUGUCCGGAUGAGGAGAUGGGGAGACUUGAAGUUGAGCUCAAUUUAGUAUUCAAUAGUAUAUGCCAAAUGGUGUCUGGAGUGGACGUGUGGCACGUGUUAGCCCUUGAAAGGCACGCUUCAGACAAAGGGCCAAAUGUCUGCUUUGAAACCGCUUUCAGUUUAGUGCAGAGUUUCAGGGAAGGCAAGGGAGGGAACGGAACAGAUAAACAGUGGAAUCACUUGAAGUGGAUCGGCAACAACGCCGAGGAUGUGGACGACUCCCUUCGCAUCCUUAUUGACGAGCUUCCGGUCCUUUUUAACCAUCUGAUCCGUCCCUCCCGUUCCCCAAUAUUUCCUGUCGUCUCACUGAAAGGAGCGAACCCUCGCCUCAAACCCUAA